ACGCUGCGCGCGUAUGGGCGUAUGUCAGAUUUUCCCGCCCUUCCGCGUUCGAAUUUCGAAUUUACGUUCGGAAAUUCGUGAAAUUCAAUUUAAUCAGCAUAUUUUCAGCAAGCAGUGCGUAUAACCUUUUUUUUGACUACCUCAACCUACCAAAGAAAUAAUGCAUAAAAGACCAGAAAUGCAUAGAAGAGUGAAUCCAAACGUGGUGAGAAAGCUCUUCAUAGAAGACUUCACAGAUGAAGCCAGGUUUGACAACUUCGCGAAUGCCUACCAAGAGUCCAUAAACCAGGAGAGGAUAGAGAAAUCUUUGAAAUGGAACUUCGACUUUGCAAACGAAGUACCUUUAGAAGGCACAUAUGAAUGGUACCCUGCUAAUACGGACACAGCUGAUUGGAUCGGAGUGAAAUCCGAAGAAAUAUCUGACAAAACUGAAGAGUCCUGCCUCCCUAUGAAAUCGGAGAAUGAAACUACACCUAGGAGUCGGGAAGAUGAAGCUCUCCCAGUUUUAAGGAAGCGCAGAAGAAGUCCUGAAGUCGUUACCAAGAAAGCCGUUCGACGUAAAAUUAGCUUUGACUAAAAAUUUAUAACUAUUUAUAAGUUCUGAUAAGUGUCGUAGAAUGGUUUCAAAUGUUCCACAGUCUAUAAAAUAGAGAAUUUUAAUUGGUGCUGAUUCGGAAAACGUUUCUCUAAACCGAGUGUAU